AUGAUUCCCUCUCAGAUUCUAGUGCACAUCACCGCCGGAAGUACCGCACAAGAUGAAGCACGCUAUAGGGCCCAAGUUGCCGCCAUUCUGGAAUUCCAGUGCGCCUCACGCCAGCUGAUCGAGGGCCCCGCCGAUCGAGACCCGCAUCUCUCCGAUGCCGAACAUUCCUCGGUGCCUUCGACGACUCAACACGAGGUUUCGCCAAUAUUGCGGGAGGCGCUCCGGCCCGCAUACACCACCUUAUCCUCAGAUCAUGUCCCGGAAAGGGAUCCUCCACAAAAUAUCUCAAAUCAUGACUCCCUCGGGAGUCUCAUCAGCGUCAUCCCAGAUUCCCAAGAGAUCGCCCAACUAGUUCACGCCUCUUCAUCUCAUGCAGCACUAUCGCCUCCAUCGCAGCUUGCUCCACCUCCUAAACGACGUCGCACAGCACCGGCCUCGCCUGAUCCGGUUCAACCGGUCUCAAUCAAAUCUCAAACUGCAGUCCAGUCCGCAGCUCACAUCCCCUUCCAGAACCACAUCCUUGGCUUCCCCAAUACCGAAAUAUCCAGCUCAGAUGAGAGACGCCCCUCCAGCCACGCUACGCCCUCGCAUACACCUCAUGCACCCCCUAAUCUAUCCCUCCCUAUCGAAAUUCACCCCCCAAGACCCCCAAUCUCCACUGCCCCUUUCACUACCCACAUCACACAAACCCUGUCCAUGCUCGCAGACCGUCUAAAUCCAACUCGAACUUACAAACCAGCCACUCAAUCCCGCCCCCUAGACCCCCUAGAACGGGGUUACUGGCUCGUGCAGCUAGCUAUCGCGCCACACACAGAUCCAGUCCAUCAACACUCAAAGCUUGGAACCACUAGUCCCACCCCCAGAGAAGAUCCGCGGAUAUGGCCCUCCCCGCUCUUUCACGCCUUCUGGUCCUUCCUCUCGGAUUUCAUAGGUAGGGAUGGUCGUGCGGGUUGGGGCGUCUGGUGUAUUCUUGAAGAUGCCACGCCAGCCUCGAUCUCGAAUACGAAUCUCUCGCUUAAAGUCUAUGCGUGGGGUGAGGUCGCUAUGCACGUCUACCUUUUGCUCUUCUUGGCGAGUGAGCGGCGGAUUCGGGGGAUGGGUGUUCAGUGGCGAGAUGCGAGUGAAGAGGUUGUUAUUCAGAUGCCGUAG